AACAUCCUCGGCUAUCUUGGUGGGAUUCCUUUACACAGGAUCCACUGUUUGGUUAUGCCUUUCUCCUAGAUUAACAACGAUCAUUUGUUUUCCGCUUGGAUUAUUGAUAAUUUUUUUCUAUGCAAUUCUGAACCACGGUCCAUUGAAAAAGUAUCAGAUAACUGGACCUGGAGAAUACAAACCGUUACCUAUUGAUGAAUCAAACAAUCAUAUGACAAUCUCUCUAAUGCUGUUGAAAAUUUUUCCAGCAAUGGGAAGCCUAUUCGUUAGUUACUUUGCAUAUUUUCUGGCAGCUAAUUCAGURCUUACYACUCUGGCUUUCCCGUCYGCACCAUUCCGCGCCCGUGAUCAYUACCAAUACUACAGAYUUGCAGGUGACAUAGGAACAUUUGUAGGUGGCAUGGAGAUAAUGAUGGUCUCGUACGUUUGUCCCUGCUGGAAAAACAACACUUCACCACGUUACUCUACAACAUCCAUUCUUCUUCUAACAAGUGUUGCACUUCUGAUAUUUGUGUUCUUUGCUGCGUGGUAUCGCUUAGUUCCAAGUGUUUACAUUAUUAUAGUGAUAAUUUUUAUUCAAGGUGUGUUAUAUGGCUCCAUCGCUGUCAGGCUUCUUGUUCAUGUUGGUGAAAUGUUCGAGAAGAAAAAUGAAAAGGGUACUGCAAUAAGCAUCUCUACACUCGGUGUAGGAUUGGGUCGUGCAAUAGCUGGAUUCCUAGGUGUUUUCAUCGAGGAAAGUAUAAGACAGCAUUGCACAAACGAGCUGUUGAUGGGAACCUUUUGUUUAGCAAGAUUUCCUUCGAUCGUCGGCUGGGACAGGAACAUGCAGUGUUCAUAGAAUCAACAAAUUAGAGUAAAUGUCCUUGUGUUAUUUUUAUUGUGUCGGACACAAUCAAUUGUUUAAGCUUUUCUGUUUUUAAAUCUGAAUACGUGUAAUAAUCUGAAGAAAUGAGCUCCUCGUUUGUCUGUUUAUUGAUUCUGACAACGAUGAUAGUUACAUACUACGAUAUAAAAAUAUGAAUUACUAACUAGAAUGUACWUGAAAUAACAAUAAUACACGAGUAGUACUUACAAGAGUGUUGGAAAGUCCAUACUAAAGAAUAAUAAACGACUAUGAGAACAGGAACUAGCGAAUUUGCUACGUAGAAACUAAAUAUAGGCMAACAUGGCCGAACGAG